CUGGCCUAAUUCUAGGCCCCAGGACGCCUGGAGCCUCCAGACGAAGCAUCCUGUGGAACUGGGGUUCAAGGAAGCUGAAGAAAUAAAAGGCCAUGGCACUUCUGGAAGACUGGUGCAGGGGCAUGGAUGUGAACCCCCAGAGAGCUCCCCUGGUCUGGGGGAUUCCUGCAAACUGUGACGAUGCUGACAUCCGAGAGAACCUCCAAAUGGCCAUGCCCCAAGUGUCCUUUAGAGUGCUUGGGAGAAUGUUCUGGAGAGAACAGAAUGCCAAGGCCGCCUUGUUAGGGCCCACGGGUGCUGUCGAUUAUGCCACCCCCCCCGAGAUGCCAGGGGAAGGAGGGGUCUGGAAGGCCGUCUUUAAGCCCCCACUUCAGAUGAUGAGUUUUUUAGAAAGGUUGCAUCUCUUUCUGGCAAGAGAGGGCUGGAUGGUGCAAAAUUUCACUCGAGUGCUAGGGUUCCAGAAAACCUGUGCAACCCCAGGCUCAGAUAGGCCAGCCAGGAUGCUAAACUACAUUUUGGAUAAUGUCAUUCAACCCCUAGUUUAGUUCAUCUGGUACAAGAAGCUGACGCUGUUCUCCAAGAGGGACAACCCCAGGCCUGGGGAGGAGAUCCUCCAUCCUUGGUUGGAGUACAUGCAUCAAGUCCUAGAGGACGUGUCCGACGUGGAGAAGAGGCGGAGGCUGAUGGAGAGUCUUCGUGGUCCAGCCACGGAUGUCAUCCCAAUCUUGAAGACCAACAAGCCUUCGAUAACCACGGCCGAAUGCCUAAAAGCUCUUGAGCAAGUGUUUGGGAGCGUGGAGAACUCUGGGGAUGGGCAGAUCAGAUGUCUUAACACUUACCAGAAUCCUGUAGAAAUGUUAUCCGCUUAUGUCCUUCGUCUGGAGCCCCUGCUGCAAAAGGUGGUGGAGAAGGGGGCCAUAGAUAAAGACGACGUGAACCAAGCCCGCCUGGAGCAGGUCAUUGGUGGGGCCAUCAGAAGUGGAGCCAUCCGAAGGCAGCUGUGGUUGACAGGGGCUGCAGAAAAACCAGCCCCUAACUUCUUCCAGUUGCUGGUGCAGAUUUGAGAGCAAGAAGCUAAAGUCGAGGAAGAGAAGGCUGAGGCCUUGUUUCUGCAAUUAGGCCUGAAGGGACACUUGAGUCCUGCACAAAUGGGGCUUUUUGUACAGGCUUAA